AUGUUCUUCUGGCGAUUUUUACCUCUGGCUGCUGUGCUGGCAUCUUUCAUCUUUUGCGAUGUCUCCUCGUCGGCCAUUGUGCGUCGGCAAAGCGGCUGUGCAAAGUGUCCCUCUGGCGAGCUAGCAGUGACCCGCACCUAUCACGGCAACGGCGAUUGCUCGAUCACCUGUGAAACUCUCUGGAAGCAAUUUCAGUCGGUCACGGCUACUUGUGCGGCCACCGCCACGUUGGUUCACACUCUUGCUUCAUUGAUUGAAGCUGCUAUCAGGGCGCUAGUGCAGGACGCCGCAGGUGUCGAAGGAGGAUGGCAGCACAAUCGAUACAAGCGCUCCAUUCACGACUUGGACUUGAAGGAAUUUCUGCGUCUUGGGGGCGUCAACGACGACCUCUUCGCCCAGUACCUUGCUGGCAAUUUAACCUACACGAGCGGUGCGAACAUGUGGGUCUUAGCUCAGAUGGGAUUACUUGGACAACCAACCAUAACAACUUCGGAGCAGACGACUGUCCAGAUCUACCAUGGCAAUGCAGUUGUGGUCACGGCCAAGCAGAAACACAAUCGUGGUGGCAUGCAGCGGAGGAGCGAAGAAGGUGACUCAGUUUGGCUCAACGUCUGGCGCAACGACGUCGAGGGAGGGCAAGCCACAGCUCCAUGGUUCGACAACGCCAUGGAAUUUGCCCUGGCUACCGAUAUCGGAAACUACUACACCACUGGAGUUCACGAUCAUGUAUCAAACAUCUGUGACUGCAUCUAUACCGAGACAGGCAGACACAAUUUGGCCACGGGCCUCGAAUUUUCAGCCUAUCGAAAGGGUGGAAAACCGAGUCACUGGAACUGUCCGGGCUGCACAUUGCGUUCUCACGACGAGCUCGGUGCUCAGAACUGA